AUGGCUUCGGAAGAAAGAUCUCGCGCCCGGAGAAUGGACAAGGCAAGAAAGAUGCCACUGCGAGACGCAGCAUCCCAGCAGUCCGAGCUCGGCCCCACCCGCUCCGCCCCGCCCCCGGCCUCGCGCCGCCCCUCGCUCUCCCAGGCCACCGGGGCUCGCGGGGCUCGCUGCCCAUCACCCUCAGGCCCGACCGGAGCUGCGCCGCAGCUGCCCGUGGCGCGACGACAAAGUCCAGGCCUCUGCUCCUACGGGCCCUCGGAUGGCGCUGCGAACAACGACAGCCGCGAAGCCCGCAGGCCCAGUCCGCCGCACCUGCCGAGGCCCCAAGCUGCCCGGACCCGGCCCGACGCCUUCGGCUCCCUCCCUCAAAGGCCCGCGCCUCCCGCCGCCCGCCAAUUCCGGUUGCCCCAAACUCAACCGACCCCCUCCCCGCCUCAGCGCCGUCCCCGAGCCCUCUUCCGGCCCAGCCGGCCCCCGGCCGCGCGCCCCCGUUACCGGGAAUAUGGCGGCGGCGGCGGCGAGUCUGGACUAGGCCCGAAGCGCGCGAACCGCUCUCGGCCCCAGGUCCCGCCCCCCCCCGCCGCCGGCGUCACACGCACAGUCACUUCCGCCAUACGCGAGGACGCAUCUUCCUGCUCAAGUCUUCGGCGCCGCUGUCUGCGGCACUGGUGUUCGAAAGUAUCCGGAAGUGGCCGGGCCAUAGGCCUUUGA